AUGAAAGAACAAGGCUUUGGAGAUAAGAUGAAUGCAAUAACAACAAUUCUGCCUCUCACUGCAAACACCUUUCUUUGUUUUGCCAAUUCUCAUCUUCAUCUCAGAUCUCUUCCACCAACUUGUGGCAUACCCACUUGUAAAAUUAGCUAUGCAAGUCGUUUCCACCAUUCACAGUGGAAGCAUCAGAAAAAGGAAAGAUGGGGCAAUAGAAUGAUGGUUGUGAGAGCAAGGCGUGGCGAGUCUCCGUACGAAGUUUUGGGUGUGUCUCCAUCGGCAACAGUCGACGAAAUCAAAAGGGCGUACCGGAAACUUGCUCUUAAGUAUCAUCCCGAUGUCAAUAAAGAGGAAAAGGCACAGGAAAAAUUUAUGAGGAUAAAACAUGCAUACAAUACAUUGCUAAAUUCCAGUUCCCGCAAAAAAUAUGAUUCUGGAAGUCGAGGUUAUGAUUAUUCUCAAGGAAGCCAAAGUAGGAAUGCACAACCUGAAGAAGAAUUUUAUGGACUAGGUAAUUUUAUGAGGGAUGUUCAAAUAACAAUAGAGGACUUCUUCAAGGAUCUUCAAGAAGAAUUCAGAAACUGGGAAGCAAACGCUGCUUCACAAGGAAAGCCAAAGAGUCUAUGGGAGGAAUUGGCGGAAAUAGGAGAAGAGUUUGUGGAGUUCCUUGAGAAAGAGCUGAAUAUUGCAGAUCAAAAUGAUGAUUAUAAAACACCUGAGGGAGGAAAUGCAUCCAACUUUUCUGGGAGUGAGACACCAAGCAAUAGCAGUACUCAAGGUGAAGCUAGCAAGGGAAACAAAAGCGUUGAGGAUAAUUUAGAGGAAAUAGAAGCCACUCUGGCUCAGUUGAAAAAGGAAUUAGGCUUGUAG